CAUCAUCAGGUGGUUCUUCCAAGGUAGCAGUGUCACAAAUUGGUAUACUUACAGAUCUGAUCCAAUGUGAGAUUCAUUGAAGUAGAUUGUAUUGUACUGGGUUGAUUAUGGAUGUUUACAACAGAAACAUUUCCCUCCGGUCAUGGCCAGUGUUUGAGUUUGGCGUCUGCCUGAAAGAGAAGCUGUCUGCUGCCGCCUUCUCUGCUGUUGGGGCUGUAGUUUACUGCUUCUCCUUUUCCUUUCAUGUCUCCUGAACUGGAAUGCCCUGUUAAUACUCAGAUGGCUAUUGCAGCUUUUAGAGGGCACCUUAGUGGUGACCAUUGUGGAAAUAAGAGAAUGGAUAGAAAAUAUUCUGGAAGGAGGCGUGUAUUUGUCCAGACUGAGACAGGUUGCGUUUUGUGUAUGGAGUUAGAAAGGAGUGACAAUGCCCACACAGUGAAAAGAAAAUUACGGCUUGCCCUCAAUGUCCCAACAGAGGAGAUUUCAUUGAUUUAUGGGGAUAUGGUUUUAAAGAAUGAUCUUAGUGCUGUUAGAAAUGAUUCUCCACUUCUUCUCACCAGGAAUUUUAUGCACAGAAGUUCAUCUACCCCAUGUCUCUCACCGACUGGUAAAGAUCUUCAUCUAAGAGAUCAAAGCAGUCCGAUUGAGAUAUUAGCACACACGAAUCACUUUUCCAAAACAAAACAGCUAGUGAAGAAAAUUAUUAAGUCAAUUAAAAUAGGGAUUGAUCCAAUUCCUGUUCGUAGUGGGCUAGGAGGUGCUUACUAUUUUAGAAAUUGCAAAGGUGAAAAUGUUGCUAUUGUGAAGCCAACGGAUGAGGAACCAUAUGCUCCAAACAAUCCUAAAGGUUUUGUCGGUAAAGCUCUUGGGCAGCCUGGUCUGAAACGUUCAUUGCGGGUUGGGGAGACAGGAUUCAGAGAAGUAGCUGCUUACCUUCUUGACUAUGAUAAUUUUGCCAAUGUGCCCUGCACUGCUCUUGUAAAGGUCACACACUCAAUAUUCAAUAUCAAUGAUGGAGUUAAUUGAAACAAGAAUCAAGAGAAGGAACGAAUCAGCAAGAUUGCUUCAUUGCAGCAGUACAUCCCUCACGAUUUUGAUGCCAGUGAUUAUGGGACUUCAAGUUUUCCAGUUUCUGCUGUUCAUAGGAUUGGGAUUUUAGAUAUUCGGAUUCUGAACACAGAUAGACAUGGUGGAAACCUUUUGGUCAGGAAGUGUGAUGGAACCGGGAGUUUUAGUCAAGUUGAACUCGUACCCAUUGAUCAUGGCCUUUGCCUGCCGGAGAACUUGGAGGACCCCUACUUUGAAUGGAUUCAUUGGCCACAAGCAUCAAUUCCUUUCUCAGAUGACGAGCUUGAUUAUAUAGAUCAUCUUGACCCAUUUCAUGAUUCUGAAAUGCUUAGAAUGGAACUUCCCAUGAUUCGAGAGGCAUGUCUCAGGGUCUUGGUUCUUUGCACAAUUUUCCUCAAGGAAGCAGCAGCUUUUGGUCUAUGUCUUUCUGAGAUUGGUGAGAUGAUGAGUAGGCAAUUUCUAGGUCAUGAGGAGGAGCCAAGUGAGCUUGAGUUUAUAUGCAUUGAGGCAAGGAGACUGUUAAAAAGGAGGAAAACACUUUGUAAUGAUGUGAAAGCAGGAGUCGGUGAAGAAUAUCAGUUCGAAAUUGACUGUGAGGAACUGGAGUUUGAUUUUACUUUAAAUAUGGAUAAGAAACUGGCUGCCAAAAGUUUAUCUUCUGAGUCCAAAAGUAUAAAUGGUUGUAAUUCUCUUUUCAGUCUAGAGGAGAGUGUGGAGGAGGAGACAGAGAGUGAGGAGAAUGUGACACCUUUCAGGUCAGAUGAAAAUGUUAGCCCUAUGCGGUGCAGGGCUCCAUCUUUUUCAACGUUGUCCAUGUCUAUGAAAAACAUCAGCAUUGGGGAAAAAAGUUGGCGACAUGAAGUUAAAAUGCAGAAAAUUGGUUGUUUGGCUGGUACGUCAUCUGGAAACAGGAGUGUGAAUGAGCAGCUGCCUGGAAGCACAAGUUUUGUGAAGCUGGCUGAUAUGAAUGAAGAGGAGUGGAUGCAGUACCUUGACAAUUUCCAGAAAUUGCUGUAUCCUGCUUUUAAUAAUCAUAAAUCAGAAAGUGCAGGACAGAGGCAGAAACAGAGGCUGGGAACUUCAUGCCGGUUUUGAGGAAUUAAUACCGGAGAUCAUGGUAAUUGGAAUACUAAAAUUGAAAGAUAUGGGGACAUGCAAACCAAGCAAACCAGAAAUGUGUUGGUUUUUCUGAAGAGGAGGGUUUAUAUUGUCGAUUUGGAGUUAUCUUAGUACAUGUUUUCAGAAGUUGACAGAUCCACUCAUCAACUCUGCCGGUGGAGGAACUCUGUUUACCAAAUCGUAUGUAUUACUUUCUUCCAUAUCAUGACUUUUUACUACUAAAAGAAUUUUGGUUGCACUACUCUUGCUUUCAAAGUUAGAGUAGGUUGAAUAUAUUAUAAAAAUAAGAAUGCAAGCCGAAGUUAAAUGUAUUUAUAUUAAUCUUAUCUGCUAAGAAAUGCAAACAAUAGUGAACUUGUUUUUGUAU